UAGAUUGAAACUCCUUUCUGGGGUGUGCUCUGGGUGAACGAUUUGGAACUACAGAGAUCACGUGUCGGUGAAAGUGAACUAAGGGCGGAGAAGCCUCUGAAUAAUGAGCUCCUGGCCUCUGGGGCAGGCUGGGAGGGGUGUGUGUACCCACUAGCAAUUCUCUGAGGUCCGAUUGGUCAAAUGGGGAGGAUUGGGGCCGGUCCGGCUCCCUGACAUCAUUGUCAGAGGUGGGCUUAGCGCUCCCCGUCCGCGUGCUGCCUACUUCUCAGCCCGGCGUGGACGGGAUCUUGGGGUCCCUUUAAAGGUGGGAAGGGGAGCUGCUCGGCCGGACUCUCUCACUGAGGGAGGGACAGCCCGGCUGGGGAACUGAGGCAGAGCGCAGGCAGAGUGACAGGGGGCGUUGCAGGCGAGCCCCCAACGGUGAGACGGCGCGAGUGAAAGCCGAGCCUAGAAGCCAGCAUGGCUCCGACGCUAGCCCAGGCCUACCAGCGGCGAUGGUGGAUGGCCUGCACGGCCUUGGUGGAGAACCUGUUCUUCUCCGCCGUCCUUUUUGGCUGGGGCUCCCUGCUCAUCAUGCUGCAGAAGGAAGGCUUCUACUCCCAACUUUGUCCAGUGCCAAACAUUGCUUGUCAGUGUUUCUUGAAGUCUUUGAAUGGCUCUUCUUGUCCUUCCCAGAGAAGAACAGCACCAACAGUAGUGAGCUCCAGCUUCUGACUGAGCUGGAGUGGCCCACCUGUGAAAAGCAGGAGGAAAUGUUGAACUUGGGCUUCACCAUCGGCUCCUUUGUUCUGAGUGCUACCACCCUGCCCCUGGGCAUCCUCAUGGACCGUUUCGGGCCCCGCCCCCUUCGCCUGGUUGGCAGCUCCAGUUUCGCAGCUUCCUGUGCGCUGAUGGCUCUGGCCGCUCAGAAUCGCUUAGUUUUGUCCCCACUCAUCUUUCUGGCCUUGUCUCUGAAUGGCUUCGGUGGCAUCUGUCUGACCUUCACUUCGCUCACUCUGCCCAAUAUGUUUGGAAACCUCCGAUCCACCAUCAUGUCCCUGAUGAUCGGCUCUUACGCUUCAUCUGCCAUCACGUUCCCUGCAAUCAAGCUGAUCUAUGAUGCCGGCGUGUCCUUCGUAGUCAUCAUGUUCACCUGGUCUGCCCUGGCCUGUCUUAUUUUCAUCAAUUGUAUCCUCAACUGGCCCAGUGAAACCUUCCCUGCUCCAGAGGAGGCCAGUUACAUGAAAAAGAUCAAGGUAAAUGGACUGGCCUUGGACCACAAAGUAACUGGCGAUCGCUCUUUUGUCCACGUCACUACUACAAGUCAGCAGCUGAACGAGAAGACCCCAAAUGUAGAGGAAGAAAGGGAGUUUGAUUCGCUCUCUCAAGAGGUGGGAAACACCUUGGCUGCUGUUCCCGAGAAAUCUGUCCCCUUUCGGAAAAGCCUCUUUUCCCCCAUAUUCCUAUGGAGUCUUCUUACCAUGGGGAUGACCCAGCUUCGGGUGAUUUUCUACAUGGCUGCCAUGAACAAGAUGCUGGAGUUCUUAAUAACUGGUGGCCAGAAACUAGAAACAGAGAAGGAGAUAAGUUAUAUGAAGGAGCAAGUGGGGUUCUACACCUCCGUCUUUGGGGCCAUGCAGCUGCUCUGCCUCCUCACCUGCCCUUUAAUUGGCUACAUCAUGGACUGGCGAAUCAAGGAGUGUGUGGAUGAUCCCAGUGAGACCGGCGCCCCGGAAGAGGCCAGGGAUGGUAUUGCUAAGAAGGGGACCAGAAUUCGGUACAGAAAGAUCCAGAAACUCACCAAUGCUAUCUACGCCUUUCUUUUGACCAACACUCUGCUGGUAGUCUUUGGGAUCACCUGCCUCAUUCACAGCUUACACCUGCAGCUCUUAACCUUCAUUCUACACACAGUGAUUCGAGGCUUCUUCCACUCUGCCUGUGGGGGGCUCUAUGCUGCUGUGUUUCCUUCUAAUCACUUUGGGACCCUGACUGGCCUGCAGUCCACCAUCAGUGCCAUAGUUGCUCUUUUGCAACAGCCUCUUUUCAUAGUGGUGGUGGGACCUCUCCAUGGAGACUCUUUCUGGGUGAAUCUGGGUCUGCUCUUCUUCUCCCUAUUGGGAUAUCUGCUACCUUCCUACCUCUUCUUCUAUCGAGCAAAGUUACAGAAAAAGUUGUCCUCCUCCAAAGCUCCAGAGUUGUGCAAUUUGCAGGAAACAGUUGCCUAGUUGGGGGGGGAAGAGUGCCCCCACUCGGCAUACCCAGGGAGAGCAGGAGAAGUCACCCCAGCUUGGAGUGUCUACCUGCAACAUAUGCACAUAGCCACGGGACAUGGAUUUAUAAAUACAUGAGUUCUAUUUUUGUAGGAACUUGCAAAAAGUCAAAACCAAAAAACCCCACAAGAACCCCAACCCCCAAAACAAACCACCCCAUAACAACCAUCCAAAGAAAAAAGAACACAAAGAAACGCUCCAUUGAUGAAGACUGGGUAUGGGCUCCAUUGGCAGAUCCAGAGUAGAAAGACUUGCCUUUUUCUCUUGAAAACACAAGACUGCCUAAGGCCAGGACUACCCAUUGCUCUUUGUGGGUAGAGGUGCCAGCCUAGUGACAGACAUUUCUGGAGAAGACACCCGUGGGGAGCCCUCCCACCCCCCACAGGGACUGUGGGAUUGGACCCAGGAUGGGUAUCUGGGCCAGAGCUAGAAGGGAAGCCUGACUUUGAGGGUGGGAGGGCAGGUUCCCUCCUUGUUGCUAUUGCUGUGGCUGCUGCCAUGGUAGUUGCCACAGUGGAAAUAAAAAGGGAAGCGAGA